AUGAGCUCCAAGCGUCGUAACUUGGCCGGGUAGGAUUAGUUAUUUGCUUUGUAUUUUAUAAACAAAUAAAAGCAUGAGUUGACAUCUGUAAAUGAGCUGCAAUCGUCAUAACUCCAGUAGGAUUAGAUAUUCGCCUUGUGUUUUAUAAACAAAUAAUAGCACGUGUUGUACGUAGUAUUAAAACAUGCAACUAACAGCAGCACUCAUUUCUCAUUGAGAACUGCUACAUGUAGUUUAAAUUUUCUUGUGUUGUUUGAGGUUGCUGUCUAAUUUUGGAUGGUAACCCUGAACGCUCUCUUUUCCCCGCCAUUUGAUUAAAACUUACAAAGGCAAGUAUUACUUUGCUUUAAACAUUACAUUACAACUUUACAUGUACAACGCAAAAAUACAAUUUCUUUAAUUAAAAUAUAUUAAAAUUUAUUAUCUUGCUACAAAUAUUCAUUUUAAAUCUCUUUCUCUCAACAGCUUUAACAUGGACAAACCUCAUGAACUAACAGGAUAUCUCCAUGCUGUAUCGCCAGUGAAGAAAAGCUCAAAAUCAAGCUACUUUGAAAUGUUACUUCAAACUGGCUCUGAUAGUACCGUUAGAGCAAUAUGCUUUGCCACAAAAAAACACGAUGACCUGAAAGCCAGAAGUUCAAAAAAGAGCCCUGUGAAGCUCAGCAACUUCCAAAUGGAUCUUAAAUCAAAUACAGUACUUAUGGACAACAAAGUCCGAAUUGACGCAACCAAGGUAUCAUUCGCACCAAAAGAAACACCACAAACAAAUAACAUAGCGUCACUCUCUGGUGUCCACUUCCAACAGCUGAUAACAAUUAAAGCGAAAGUUACAAAGAUCAGUGGUACAAAAAAAGUAACUACAGCGAAUGGAGAAAAAUGUAAAGCUGAAUGCUUCCUCAGCGAUCCAUCCGGAACAAUACCAUUAACUCUCUGGGAAGACAAAAUAAAUGAAGUCAGUGAAGGAAAAACUUAUACAUUCCAUAACGUUAGAGUUAUAAAAGAAUGCAAGUCUGACAAACUGGCCUUGGGCACAACGAUGCAUGACUGUACAGUGUCGGAAGCAGAGGACUUCAUUGAAUCCUUACCCCAGUCUGUUGAACUGCCUGAUUCUUUUACAACCACAGAGGCCAAGGUUGAAGUCAUUGGUCUGCUAACAUUCGGAAAGUACCUUUCAUGUUUACAGUGCCACAAAAAGGUAGCAGAUGGAUCUUUUACUGCCAAGAUUAUAAAAUGUGGUAACUGUAAUUUGACGCAAAAAAGAGAUAAAUGUAUUACCAACUGUUUUGCACAAGUCAAAGUUUCACAAGAUGACAACCAGUUCACUGUAACAUUCUUCCAAGAACAAAUUAAAAAAGUUUUUAAUAUCUUACAACGUCCACAAACACUGGAUGAAGAAAAGAUAACAGAAGCACUCUUAGAUGCUCCAAUCUUAAAAAUAAAAUAUGACAAUAAAUCAAAGAUCAUAAACGAGGUAUCUCCCUAUAUCAUUUGA